AGAAAAUCGCCGAUGUCACGAAAUAAAAAUACUCUGCCGCAUUAAUAUGAUGACCCAGCCUUCUGGCGGAUACGGGCGGUGACGGGUGAGAUAUUAUAUGAUGGGAGGUCAAAUCUGGGUGUUCACACAGAAGUCUGAGGACGAUCCAUUGAACAGUAACGUGGUGGUACAUCCUAGUGGUGGCUGAAAGCAAUGGGCUGAACCCCUGCUUGGGGGUUGACUCUCACACACAGCGCAGUCCCCCACACACAGAGCCAUGCCCAACAGCGACAGACCGACCGACGCUGCUAGAGGGCUGCCAGAAGAUAACUUCAAAGUUGGUUUCGAUAUGAGCCCGAGAGCCGAGCGAAGGAAAGACAUCGAGUAAAGCUUUAGUUUUUUUUCUUUUUGUUUGUUUGUUUUGGUUUGGAUUUUUUCGGAAAUCAAGUGGUGCUUAGGGCUUUUUUGAUCAGCAAAUAUCCAGAAAAGACGCUUUUGGAGAGCGCACCGAGCCGAGGGCGCAUACACGGCGAGAGGAGGUACACGGGAGGAACUUCGUCGCGGUCAGACACGCACCGAAGCGACUUCUCUUUGUCGGACACACGAGUGUUUGAUCACACAGACGUUCUUGUUGUUACUGAGAGGAGCACUGUUGCUAAUCUUGGCGCCGCUCUCUCGGAAGACGCGCGUCAAAGUUUGGAGAGCGGAGCUGCGCCUUUAGAAAAGCAAAAGCUGGUGGCAGUUUAUCGCUCUAUUGCAAAGAACUUAACUCGUCCCGUCCACUUCUCCUUGCUGCCGGUGCCCGUGUAGCAACUCAAACAGCGGCUGCUUCACUGGGAAGAUGUCCACCGACAGAAAUCUGACACAUCUCGACUUUAGACGUCGCUUCCUUUGAGUCCGAUUCAAGGAGUUGCGUGUUCACCUCGCCACACGCACAGAACAAGAAAAAUAAAUAAAUAAAAGAAGUUAGAGAGAGAGGCGCUGCGAGAACUGAGCCAGUAUCUCGGGACAGACUUAACGAGAAAACGUUUUCUGAAGUUUUGCGGUAAACGAUGGAUCGUUGAGGCCAGGGAGAGACACUUCGUCAAAGAAAAGAAAGAAAAAAGAAGAAAGCGCUGGUGAAUCCUUAGCACUUGUGAGUCAGUGCGCUUACUCAAAGGAGUAGGGGGCAAAGGAGCCCGGCGUUCCCCUCGUUGGAGACCCCAUGUGAACUGGACUGUUUGCGAACUUUUUGUGUGUUGAUUCGCUCUUCGCUGAUGUAUCUGCAAAACGCAGACACAUCUCGGAGCGCAAACGCAGCAGCAUCGCCACCACUAAAGCCAGCAGCAUGUCCCGACGCAAGCAAGCCAAACCGCAGCACCUCAAGUCGGACGAGGAUCCCGCACUAGCCGGGGUGAUUUCCGAGCACGCCCGAGGUGAUGUGCUGGAUGAUGCCGACAGCGGGAAUGAGAGCCGCAGUGGCAGUGAGGAGACCCAUGUAUGUGAGAAGUGUUGUGCUGAGUUCUUCAAAUGGUCAGACUUCUGUGAACAUUUAAAGAGCUGCACUAAGAACCCCCUGGUGCUUAUAGUGAAUGACAAUGAGGACACACCUAACCCCUCACAGGAGUACCCUACAGAGCCCUCCCCUGUACCCAGCUGCCCUAGUGAGCAGGCUGACAGUGAGGACCCCAGGGAGGGGAGCCACAGCCCUGCUGGUGAGGGGGAUGACAUCCCAGAGACAGCAACCUUAAAUGGGGUCAGUGUCCUGGAAAAGGAGGACGAGCAGAUGGAGCUGGAGCUUUCUCCCGAAAAAAAUGUGGAUCCUGAAGAAAGAGAUGUGACAUCCCCUGAGCCAGAUGGCUCCCUACCUCAGCUCAAUGAUGUCGUUCCCUCUGCUGUUACCAGUUACGCCAUGCCAAGCACCAAUGUUACCUUAGAGACUCUUCAUGGCACCCGUGUUGCAGUUGCCCAGUUUUCACAGAGUGUAAGGGCAGCAGCGGGCAGUGGGGUUUCCACCAUGGCUAUUCCCAUGAUCUUGGACCAGCUGAUGGCCCUCCAACAGCAGCAAAUUCAUCAGCUGCAGCUAAUAGAACAAAUUCGCAGUCAAGUGGCUCUCAUGAACAGACAGUCUGCCCCACAGCCUGCUCUUAACCACCAUCACAGCAACGCUACUGGAAGCCAGGGGCCCGUCUCCUCCUGUGUCCCUCCUGUUGCAAGUCAGCUUCAGCUACAUAAUUUUAUCACUCCCCCAGUCCAUCAGCUGCCUGUUAGACUGCCGGCCACUCUCAAUGGUCAAGGACCUUCACCUCUGACCUCAACAAUAGAAGGGCCUCUCUCUCAAACACCACAAAGCAGCAGUCAGCAAUCUAACUCUUCAGCUCCGAUCACAUCCUCAACUAACUCAGCUUUUCCUCCACCAAGUGGUACUGGAUUGUCAUCUCUACUUCCCCCCUGCUCAUCCUCUGUCACAAACAACAGCAUUAGCACUAGUAGUAGUAUAACAGGAGGCAGUGGCAUUAGCAGCAGCUCAACUCUUUCCAGGAACUCUAGCACCCCUCCUUCCCUCACUCACAGCACCCUCCUGAGCUCUUCUUCCAGUCUACCGCUGAUACCUCACAGCUCUUCGAGCAGUGUUAUCUUCCCUAAUCCACUGGCCAGUAUAGCAGCCACAGCCAAUGCACUCGAUCCUCUCUCUGCUCUAAUGAAGCACCGCAAGGGGAAGCCCCCAAAUGUGUCUGUAUUUGACACUAAGCCCAGCUCUGAGGACCCCUUCUUCAAGCAUAAGUGUCGGUUCUGUGCCAAGGUGUUUGGCAGUGACAGUGCCCUACAGAUCCACCUGCGUUCCCACACUGGAGAAAGGCCCUACAAAUGCAACAUAUGUGGCAACCGCUUCUCCACCAAGGGGAAUCUGAAAGUCCACUUCCAGAGGCACAAAGAGAAAUACCCACAUAUACAGAUGAACCCCUACCCUGUGCCAGAGUACCUGGACAAUGUUCCCACAAGCUCAGGCAUCCCAUAUGGCAUGUCAUUGCCCCCAGAAAAACCUGUUACCACAUGGCUAGACAGUAAGCCAGUUCUUCCCACAGUUCCCACCUCUGUCGGACUCCAGCUGCCUCCAACAUUACCGAGUAUGAUGGGAGGAUUUGGUGAGUCUCCAAGCCUCACUCCGCUCAACAGGUCUCCUCAGAGGCCAUCCCCACCCUCAAGUGACUGUGCAUCUUUGUCCCCAAAUAUCAUCACUGACUCAUGCAUGACCACUACUUCACCAUCCCCAAAACCAAGCCUAGGGUGUGAGGCACCUCCUUUACUGAAACCCGAAGGCAUUCUUUUGCCCGCAAGCUGCUCUACUAGACCGGGAGAGAACACGACUAGCACAACGACCAUAACUCAAGUGCUUCUUUCCACUACUGUCACCUCCACAUCAUCGUCCAGCAGUGGACAGGUCUCUGAACCCAUCUGUAGCCCCAACUCGGCCUCUAAUUCUGUCUCCCAUCCUGUCCUUCCCAUGCUCUCAGACCAUUUUAAGGCCAAGUUUCCCUUUGGAGGCCUCUUAGACUCUAUGCAAACAUCAGAGACAUCCAAGUUGCAGCAGCUUGUUGAGAAUAUUGACAAGAAGAUGACUGACCCCAACCAGUGUGUUAUCUGUCACCGUGUUCUGAGUUGCCAGAGUGCUCUGAAGAUGCACUAUCGCAUCCACACUGGUGAAAGGCCUUUUAAAUGUAAGAUAUGUGGGCGGGCAUUUACAACCAAGGGAAAUCUGAAAACACACUUUGGUGUCCACAGGUCCAAACCUCCACUUCGGGUUCAGCACUCUUGUCCUAUAUGUCAAAAGAAAUUCACCAAUGCAGUUGUACUACAGCAGCACAUCCGUAUGCACAUGGGCGGGCAAAUUCCCAACACACCCAUCCCCGAAAGCCUGCAAGAAAUGGAUACUGACCCCUCCUUUGAUGAGAAGAGCUUAGAUGCCAUGAGCAAUUAUGAUGAUGACCUUCUGGAUGAAAUGGAGCAGGCCAUAGAUGAUGAAGCUGAUUUAAAAGAGGGAGAUAUGGACUCAUCCAAACCUUUUUCACCUGGGAGCUCUCCACCAACUUCUGUAAUCUCCAGCAUUGCUGCAAUGGAGAACCAGAUGAAGAUGAUUGACUCUACCGUCAACAUGACUCGUACAUUUGGUCUGAAGCCUUUGCAGAAUGGCAGUAGCUUUGGAGGGGAGACUGACUGCUUUACCACUGAUUCUCUGUCUGCAGUUGGGGAUGCUGAGGGUCAAAGCUUGGGGAGCCCCGCUUUGUCUGAGUCCUCUGGCUCUAUCCAGCAUUUGUCCCCAGCCCACAGUCAUUCUGAGAGCCAGCGAUCCAAAUCCCCUGCUGCACUCAACAAUAAUAACAUCAGCAGUGCCAUGACAGCAGAGGAGGUCCAAGACAACAAUACAGCUGGCCUGGCAACAGUAAAGUCGGAAAAAUCCGAGACGCCAUCUCCGCUUCCUGCAACUGAAGGCACUGGGGCCCUUGACCUGACUGCCACUCAGCCAGGCAGGCACUUUAUCAAAGAGGAGAGCCACUUCAACGUGCUGUUUCUAAACAGAGAUCGAGGGCUGAGCACUCCCAAUUUGGCCAGCACUGCAUCAAACAUGAUUAAAAUGGAAAUGAACGGCCAUGGGAAGUCAAUGUCUCUGAGCGACAACCCUCACCUGCCCGUGGGCAUUCAGGUUCCAGCUGCAGCGCCCCCAACCACCAUGAGCCCUAGCAUCAACCCCAUGUUGGCUCCCCCGCCUCCACGACGCACUCCUAAGCAGCACAACUGCCAGUCGUGUGGGAAAAAUUUUUCCUCAGCCAGUGCUCUGCAAAUCCAUGAGCGUACACACACUGGGGAGAAACCUUUCGCCUGCUCUAUUUGUGGAAGGGCUUUCACCACAAAGGGCAAUCUCAAGGUUCACAUGGGAACGCACAUGUGGAACAAUGCCCCAGCCCGAAGGGGUCGACGACUGUCUGUGGAGAAUCCCAUGGCCCUGCUGGGUGGGGACGCCAUGAAGUUCAGCGAGAUGUUUCAGAAAGAUCUUGCUGCUCGGGCCAUGAACGUUGACCCGGGCUUUUGGAACCAGUACGCAGCCGCCAUCACCAAUGGCCUGGCCAUGAAGAACAAUGAAAUCUCUGUGAUCCAGAAUGGAGGCAUCCCCCAGCUGCCCGUCAGCCUUGGUGGCGCAGGAAUCACUUCAUUGGGAGCAAUGCCUGGAGGGAUGGACCGCGUUCACACAGGCAGCAGCCCUCCCAUGACGGGUAUGGAAAAGACUGGUCUGGAUGUCACAGCUAACCGUCCCUUCUCCAGAUUUAUGGAGGAGAACAAAGAAAUUGGGAUCAAUUAAAGAGACUUUUCUGUAUAAUUCCAGGUAGGCAAAGACUACAAGGCUGUUUAUGAGGAAAGAAACUGCUGAUCCAGUCUGAACUCAUGCGUACUAUAUUAUGUACAGAUUAAAUAUUUUUUGUUUGUUUUUGGAAACAUAGUAUUUAGUAUUGAUUAGAGGUUUUUGCCUUUCACCCAUUCCCUGCUCACUUGAUAUUUCGCCUAUACGAAGAAUACUUUGUCUCUUGUUUGAGAAUAUGUCGUCUUGCAAGAUUUGCAUGGUACUUAUUGGUUUUUAUCAGUACGUUUGACUGCUUUUAUGAAUUCCUUUGAAAACCAGGAUCCUGCCUCAGUUAUGAUUAGAAAGGAUCUUAUCUGGACAGGACUAAAACACAAAAAGGACAGAGUUUUAGCUCAAAGUCAGUCUGAACAAUGUCUGCCAACCUCGUUUAUGGUUGCUAUUUUAAAUAUAAAGGGCCAUGGAUAGACUGAAGAAAAGACUGAAGUAUAACGUUCUGUGUUCGCCUGAUUUUUUUUUUCAUGAUCUAGAAAACUUGAAAAAAAUAAUGUUUGAACUAUUUUAAUCUUUACAUUUAGUCUCCCAGCAUUGUCUUAUAUUAUUGUCGUGUGUCUUUAGUAUUUAUGAUAUUGACAAAAAAAAGCGGGUAUACAAAAAUAUAUUUAAUGGCCCAAGCAUUUUAUUGAUCUUUUUUUCUAAACUGCAGGCUUCACUCAUGAAAAUCUCUUUCAAUGAAGACAAUAUGUCAUUUGAGUUGAACAACAGAGAAAAACAGUAGGUUUUAUUUGGAUAUCGGUUGAGACUAUGAUUAUCUCAUUACACAGUGAAGAAGCUAGAGAUAUCCGAAGCUGCUAUGACCACAACCCUGCUUUUAACCUUUGUAAAAAAGAAAAAAAAGUGACCCUUUUGAAUAAAUAUCUAUGUAUAGAAAUAAAGACAAAUCUGAAACAGGUAUGCAUAUUUUGUAUCACUUAAAAAAAUAGACAUCAUGAGUUGAGAGUAUUUGUCAUGUUUGUGAAUGCACUUUUUAAAAACAAGACGUUUUGUCUGUGAGUUACCGUUAACCUUUUGACUGAGCUAUCUAUCACGUGCUGUUUUCAUUGUUUUCAGCAUACCACUCCUACAAUUGGCAGAGUCAGUUCUCUGUCAUUGCAUCUGUGCUACUCGUCAGAGUACAAACUCAUCACUCAAUCAACCUUCUUAAAUAAAAUAAAACGAAAACAGGUGUGUGUGUU